UAGACAGUGAACGCAUCACAGCCAGCCUGUUGUCAGGCGAACCGCCGCUAACAUUAUCACCCGCCUGCGGCUAAGUUAGACUGUAUCCUGGGUCUGGCAUCGCUUUCCCUACGACUGGAGAGUAAGACGAGCAUCACCACUCUCUCACGAACAUGUUUGGAUAUAUCUGGGAGUAUGUCUACACAUCCUUCCUGAGAUACUGGUUGAAAUGGCUCAUCAGACAAGUAACGGGGACAUGUGAGCUGCAGAGAAUAUGCUCUGGACACAAGCCAGGGGCAGCAAGGACUACAAAAGCAGAGUACUCUCUUCAGUCAUCAAAGAACAAGGUUUUAAGAGGAGCGUUGGAAACCACUAAGGAUAGCUUAGAGCAAUGCGUGGAUCAAAUUAUGAAAGUGAAGAACAUCAAACCUGCAAAAGAUCCCAAGUUCAAAGAGAGCCUCAACAUCUGCCUGCUGCAGAUAACAGGAUAUAGCAGCUUGUAUAUAUCUGUAGAAGACUUGAGAAAGGAAGUCUUCAGCUCAGACAACCCUGAACACGAGGCCAUACUUUUGAAGCUUUGGGACCUUUUGAUGCCAACAGUCAAGCUGGAGUCCAGGAUAACCAAACAGUGGGGAGACAUUGGAUUCCAAGGGGAGGACCCCAAGACUGACUUCAGAGGGAUGGGCCUGCUGGGGCUGAUCAACCUCGUUUUUUUCAGUGAAAACUACACAGCGGAGGCUCGGCAGGUGCUGUCUCAUGCAAACCAUCCUAAACUAGGGUAUUCCUAUGCAAUAGUUGGGAUCAACUUGACAGAGAUGGCUUACAGCCUGCUAAAGAGUGGCGCUUUGAAACCACAUUUCUACAACGCAGUGCAGGGCACGCCUGAGCUGCAGCACUUUCAUCAGCUGUACUGCUAUCUGGCGUAUGAAUUCGAUAAGUUCUGGGUGGCAGAAGAACCCGAGAGCAUCAUGCAGUUCAACCAAUACAGAGAAAAAUUCCAUAACAUAGUCAGGACACACCUACAGGACCCUGAUGUGUGUCUCACAUUGACUGUCAGCUCCAAGAACUAAAAGCGUUUUUCACGAUGUUACGAUUGGUAGAAGGAGAAGCAGGAAAGUUCCUCGUAAACGUAGCUGAGCAUUAAAACCCUAAACGCAGACUGAAUACUGUUCGGCCCCUCCAGACAAGAUCCAGACCAAUAAAUCCUCUUGUGUUUGGUUUUGUGGUUCAUUCAUAACACACAUAUCAUUGUUGUAAUGAUAUUUAAAGUUUCUCAAACUGAGCACAAAUCCAACGCCCUGUACCUCAAAAACAACCAUUCCAGAGGGCUUUCGAUCACAAAGAGGACUGUAGAGAAAGUAACGGAUCCGUCGUUUUGUGAGGCUUUAAGCACUUUGAGUGAGCAAGCAGCCAAAUUGUUAUAUUUAAAGACAGGAAAGGACAGAAGUCCUGCUCAGGAAUGUGAAGUUUAUGUUAAGAGAUAAUGGCUAAAACUUGACGUGAGGAGUGAUUUCCACUUUAUUUUUCCUCUUGUGGUGCUGUCAGCUUAAGUCUUGCAUGAUUUAACGUGUUCCCACUGAUGUCAUUGAUCUGUACUGUAAAAUGUACUGUUAGUGAUGUGGUACUCUAAACUAUACUAAGCUCCUGUUUUCAUAACGUUGUGUAUCUUUAGACUGAUGCUGAAUUUUUAUGACCUGAUCUUUUUAUGCCGUGUGUUUGCAUUUGAGGAAUGUAUGUAACGACUCGCAUCUCACUCACUCCAAGUUAGUAAAUGCAGAUUUGUUUUGAAA